UAAACUUGUUGACCUCGGGUCAGUCGGGUCACUUUUUUACAGAAAUCUGUUCACCUCGAUCUUCACUCAAUUUGUUCGAUUUAACCCUAAAAAAAUGGAAUCAAUUUGGGCGAUUUUGGAGUUACUACUGAUCGCAGCUAUUGUUCUUGCAUUUGGCUUAGCUGCUGCAAUUGUAUUCGAAACAUUCAGAAGAAGAUUCAAUCAUACGCAUGUGGAAGCUCCUCCUGUUUUUGAAGAUCCGACUUCAUUUAAGCCGGUUCGUUGUCCUCAUAUAUUUGAUCCUGCUGAGAAGUACAUAUCCUUGAUUAUACCUGCAUACAAUGAAGAGCACAGGCUUCCUGGAGCCCUUGAAGAAACUUUGAAUUAUCUUCAACGACGUGCAGCCAAUGACAGCACAUUUACAUAUGAGGUUAUUAUUGUUGAUGAUGGGAGUGCUGAUGGAACAAAAAGAGUGGCUUUUGAAUUUGUUAAGAGACACUCUGUAGACAACGUGCGAGUCAUCCUUCUCGGGAAAAACCACGGGAAAGGGGAAGCUAUAAGGAAAGGAAUGCUUCACUCACGUGGUGAACUGCUUUUAAUGCUUGAUGCUGAUGGAGCAACCAGAAUAGAUGAUAUGGAAAAGCUUGAAAACCAGAUUCAUGCAGUUGCUAAAAAGGGACAACAAUCUGAAGAUUCUGCUGGUAGAGAUUCAACUAUAAGAAUAUCAGAUGUACCGGCAGCUGUAUUUGGUUCACGUGCUCACCUUGAGGAGAAGGCUCUAGCAACAAGAAAAUGGUAUCGCAAUUUCCUGAUGAAAGGUUUCCAUAUUGUGGUUCUCUUGGCUGCUGGUAGUGGAAUUCGUGAUACUCAGUGUGGAUUCAAGAUGUUCACCAGAUCUGCUGCCAGGAAACUUUUUCUAAAUAUCCGCUUGAAAAGGUGGUGUUUUGAUGUCGAACUAGUCUACCUAUGCAAAUGGUUUCGGGUUUCAAUGAAUGAGAUAUCCGUUAAUUGGACAGAAAUACCGGGAUCAAAAGUCAAUCUGUUAAGCAUCCCAAACAUGUUGUGGGAGAUGGCAAUCAUGUCUUUAGGUUAUAGAACUGGCAUCUGGAAAAUCUACAGCUGAGUUUUAUAUUUUUUCCAGGCCAUACCUAGUACUUGGACCUGACUCUUAACACAUGUAAUGCUUCGCGACACAGAUACCUUGUUUAUGAACUAUAAUUUACUCGUUUAGGAAGAUUGUAUAAGAGUUGGACAAGUUUUGACAAUUUUCACAAAUUGUGGGAUUUUCAUGUUUAUGAGAAAAAUAUACAAUUUUAACUUCAAA